AUGAAAGCUCUUCAAAUAUAUGAACAGACAGGAGCUAAUGCAUCUGUAGCCAAUGAAUAUGCUGUGGUUAAAAGGCAGUCAGAUGGAAUAAGCAUCUUGCUAACUGUGCUUCUGUCUUUAAUGGUGGUGCUUAUAGUUAUAGGUAACAGUGUUGUUAUAUUGGCUUUCAUUGUGGACAGGAGACUCAGAACUCGCAGUAACUUCUUUCUCCUAAACCUGUCCAUUUGUGAUUUUUUAGUAGGAGCUGUCUCUAUCUCCAUGUAUAUACCAUAUAAAGUCACAGGGAAAUGGAUGAUUGGAAUGCAUUUAUGCAAACUGUGGAUAACAAUUGACUACACAAUAACAACUGCUUCUGCCUACAGUGUCGUUCUCAUCAGUUACGACAGAUUUCUUUCUGUCUACAAGGCUGUUUUACAUCGCUCUCUACAAGAUAGACACCGACAGACAGCACUUAAUAUGAUCCUCGUUUGGAUACUUUCAUUCCUUGUCUAUGGACCAGCAGUUCUUCUGUGGGAAAUCAUUACUGGCACUAGUCAUCUCCAAGGGGACAGCUGUCAUGCUGGGUUUCUUGAUAUGUGGUAUUUUACUCUUGGUGCAUCUACUUUAGAUUUCAUCAUCCCACUUCUCAGUAUUUCAUUUUUUAAUUUAAGAAUCUACCUAGAAAUUGUAAAACGCAGCACAAAAAGACAACAUGGUACAAUAUCUACUUCUUGUAAAGAAAAAGCAAAGGAUAUAAUGCCCUUUACCAUAGCAAACAUUAACUCUUCUCAGUUGAGUUCAAACACUCCCCAGAACCCUGAAAGCUGUAUCACAAACAAUAAUAGUAAUAAACUUUCCCAGGACAAGAAGGCUGCAAAAUCUCUGGCAAUUUUGGUUUCUGUUUAUUUUCUUUGCUGGACUCCUUAUUCCUUCCUUGCUUGUAUCCGUGCUGUCUGCCAUGGGUAUUGUGCUGAUUAUUUCUCUGUUGAAAUUACAGUUUGGUUUAUAUGGACUAAUUCAGCAAUUAACCCCAUCCUUUACCCUGUGUGUCACAAAAGUUUCAGAAAGGCUUUUAAAUUGCUAUUAGAACGGUUUAUGAAAUUCUUCUUAAUUUAA